AUGGAACUUACCAAAGUCCACGUCAAGGGCAAACGCAAGACGCCUGCCACGAGCCGCCCCCAGGCGCUAUGCGAACAGCAGCCGCCAUUCAAGGCCCCAAGGACUAGGAAGUCAUUGUCCUCCGUCAUGGCUACUCGAAAGACACGCCAUCGGAAUACUCUCGACUCUCUCCCGGCCGAGAUUCUCGAAAACAUCCUCCUGUACAGCGCCAAUCUCGCUCUGCCCCGCGUCAGCAACUUCAUUGGCGCGAAGCUAUCCGGACGGGCUACUCUGCUGCGUCUCUUCAUCCUGGCCUUUCACGACACCUGGGAGCAGUGGUUCGGCAUUCCCACAAACCCUGCAAUUGUUCACGGGCCUUGGUUGGAAAAUGCCCAGCAUGUCCCUUGUCGCGGAGACCCCAAAUUCCAGACUCAAAUGCUUGAUCAGCCUUGGAUCAGCAUUGAUUUAAUCCUGCAAGCCCAGCAGACGUGGGCUGACAAUCAUGGACGGGGGUGUCAUUACCAACAUGGUACCUUUUGGAUCGAUGAUUCUGAGCAAGUCGGCCACGAUUAUGACGGGGGCUUCUCUCACUUUGAUGCGCGCGAGUGCUUCGAGGCCGACUACCAGCAGGCUCUGAAAUGGCCCGCAUUUGCAGCCCGAGGCAUCCACUGGUUCUCGCAAGAUAUUCAUCCCUUGACACGUCUCCCUUCUAAGCUCAUUGCCGGUCCGUGGGACGACGAGAAGCAGCGCCAGCUGUUUUGGCUUUGCCGAGGAGGCUAUAUGACCUGUGGCAAACUCCUUGUCGAGCCUCCCUGGGAGGUCAAGAUUGAUCUGAUUCGCAAUUCCAUUCUUAAUGCUGAAGUGCCCAACAUGUUAGCCAUCAACUGCUUAUAUCGCACCUGGGUCUUUGAUGGCCUACCUACCGAAGUGAUACGGGAAGAAAUCAUUAAACUCGAACGUCGAAUCCUAUGGGGCGGCGACCCGCUCGAGAUCCGAGAGUUGCUGCGGCGUAUUCGAAGC